UAAUAUAUGUAUUGAAAAUUCAGUUAGCUUACAAGACAUCUUGCCUCCCAUUUUUUAUCCUCAUCUUCCUUUCAUCCUCCAAACAACUGCUCCCUGUAUUUUCCUCCUUCCCUGCAUCCUUCCUCAUCCUUCCUUCAUUCAAUCUACCAAGUCUCUCUUUAAACUGUAUGCAAUCAACAUUCACUAUUAUUCUUCAACCCAAUACUCUACCCAAACAAUGUUGCUCAUCAUUUUUUAAUUAAUUUGUAUCUUUUCUUGUCUUUAAUCAAGUUUAUUUUUAAACAAUUACAUCCUAAAGAUGUUUAAUCAACUAACGGAUUCCUUAAAUAGUUUAAAUCACAUCAGAAUUGAUAAUUGUGAUCAUCCAGUUAUCUGUCUGUUACUUAGGCCAUUGAUAUACGGAUUAUUCAACAUAGCCUCGCCCUAAAAGUGUUGUUUUGAUCACCAUUGUCGAGUUUUUUUCAAUUUUUGGAUUGAUUUUAACCGUAUCACUUUUCAGUCAUGUUAAUUGUUAUUAGGACAAUUAAAAAGAACCAUAAGUUGGUCAAAAUAAUGUUCCAAAUUGCAAUAUUUGCCAGUUUAAUUUUUAUAGUGCAAGGAGCCUCCAGCCCUAAGAUCAAACCAUUCAGCUUUCCGAAAAGUACAGUUGCUGGUGAAACUGUCUCAGUUACAUGUGUAUUAUCUACAAUUACUGCUCAAACAGAUUUUAAAUGGCUCAAAGAUGGCGUUGAUUUGGCCAUUAUUUCACAACGAGAUCGAAGGUAUCAAUUAUUACCCGCUAAAGGUGCUUCUGUUUUGUUGAUUAAUUCAGUUAUUUUGGAGGAUUAUGGAAAUUAUACCUGCAUUGUUAAUACACCUUUUGGUUCAGAUAAAUAUUCAGCGCCGUUAAUUAUCUACACUCCUCCUAAAUGGAUUCUUGAGCUGUUUGAUUUAUCCAUGAAACAAGGAGAAGUGAAAAUACUCGAUUGUAUGGCCACAGGAAAUCCAAUGCCAACAAUCACUUGGUUAAUCAGUGAUACAACACAAGAUGAGAAAAGUUUUGCACAUAUUAAUAGUAAUUCAAUGAUCAAAGGGAUGUCAAGCUUAGCCAAUGGAUCUUUACUGAUUGACAGUGAAAAAUUGAAUUUCAAAGACAAAUUCGCAUACCUGCAAUGUGUGGCUGACAACAAAAUUGGUGAACCACUAAAGAAGAUCAUCAAGCUCAAUUUAAUAGUGCCUGCUCGUUUUAUUGGAAAUAAUACUAAAUUCUUUACUCAAGAAGUGUUGAAAGGAGCCAGUGCUAAUCUUCAAUGUUAUGCCGUUGGAGAUCAACCAUUACACGUACAAUGGCAUAGAGACAAACAAAUAAUUGAUUUCAAAUCAAAUACCAAAUAUGAUUAUUAUGAGACCAAAACGGACAAAGGGUUGAAUUCUGAAAUUUUAAUCCGCACAACUUCACGCUCAGAUGGAGCAGUUUAUACUUGUGCCGCCAAAAAUAAUUACGGCUCCGAUGAGCAAAAUAUUAAACUUUUAAUCCAAGAAGCUCCAGAGGCGCCUUCCAAUUUACGAGUUGCUGAAUCAUGGUCUCGAAGUGCAACCGUUAUGUGGUCUCAACCAUACACAGGAAACAGUCCCCUUACCAAUUAUGUGCUUCUCUACUGGAAUGGUGAAAAAGGUUCAGGAAUAAAUAAUAGACUGAAUGAAAUUUUAUUAGACCCUGGCAAGACUUCGUAUACGCUCAAAGAAUUAAGCCCAGGAACCGUUUAUUAUGUUUCUGUAAUGGCCGUUAAUGCCAUCGGCUCUGGCCAGCCAUCAUCUUCACAUAAAUUUACUACUAGCGAAGAAACUCCUGGUGCUGCGCCUGUUGAUGUUGAAGCUAAAGCUUCGGGAUCAAGCAUAGUCAAAAUUUCAUGGAAGAGUCCACCUCGACAGUACUGGCAUGGAAAUUUGACAGGCUAUUAUAUCCAUUAUAAACCUUCUGGAAAUUCUCAGGAUUAUAUUAAAACUGUUUCAGCCAAUUUACAAAAUGAUUUGAUAAAGGGAUAUCAGUUCAGUUUAACUGGACUUUUACGAUCAACAUAUUAUACUAUUUCAGUUAAAGCAUUUAAUACUGUGGGCCAAGGACCUUCUUCACAAGAAUUGACUGUUCAAACAUUGGAAGGAGAUGCUCCUAACCAGCCAAGGGUGAAAGAUUAUAAUUUAUACUCAAAUACCGUCAAAAUAACAUGGUAUCCAGUCAUCGAUGAAAUUACAAUGUAUACUAUUUAUCUGAAAAGAAAGAAUAACGAUUUUUACGACAACGUUAUUCCUCUUGGACAUUUUCGCACAAUUUAUACACUUCACGGUCUUGAAAAAGAUGUUGACUACUCUAUACAAAUUUCUGCAACUAAUGGGUUCGGUGAAAGUGAACUGAGUAAACCAUUGGAGGUCAAAAUUUCCACUAGUCCAUUCGAUAUCUCGUUUCUUCUGACUGAGAGCAAUUUAAUCUUGUUGGUCGUUUUCACCACUUGUUUAUUAGUUGUUUUAAUUGCAAUCAUAGCCUCCGUUAUUUAUGUAAAGAAGUUUAAGAAAACGCAACAAGAAGCUAUUAGAAGACUUUCCAGUUUAUCAACCCUGUCAAAAAGCACACCUAAAUACAGUGAUAAAUGUGGAACAACUCGUUCGACAGCAACUUAUGCCACAAUAGGUCCACCAACUGGACAUGUUACCAUUAGAUCGGCAGGAUCCAACUCACAAUCAUCAUCAGGAGGAUAUGGUCGAAAUAUGUCAGACUUGGAUGAUACACGAAACUAUAGGAACACUUUGCUAGACGUGAAAUUAAUUAACGAUGAUUGAUCUAUUAAUCACUGGACUACAAUAACUUGAAUAUAAAUCAAGAAUCAAAUAAUUCAAAAAAACAUUGAAGAAUUGAUGAAAAAUAUGGUGUCUUUUGGGUUCAACAUCUCCAAUGCUGAAAGUGACAAGCUUGGUGAUUAAAAACUGGUGAUAUGAUUUGUUGUGUCCAUUAAACUUCCCAAUCGUCUGAAUUUGAUUUAUCUGAUUCUAUUUAUUAAUAAAGAAGCAUAUAUCAGGGAAGAACAGGAACAGCAAGUGAUGUAAAAACGAAACUCAAGUAGACGAAGGAAUUCAUCUUUUCUUCAAAUUAAUUUAUUAAGAUUAAGCAAUUCUCUUUUUCAUCCUCCUUUCGUCAAAUCACUGUAUAUUCACUCUUCCCUGCACCCAUUUCCAUCUUUCAUCCAUCAACUCUUCCAAGUCAAUUCUUCACAAAACAUUCAUAACUCUUCCUCAAUCCAAGACUCUCAAUACAACUCAAGCAGUUUUGCUCAUCAUUUUUUCAAUUGAUUUGUAUCUUUUAUUGUUUCACUUUACAUUUAUUUUUAAAUAUGUUUAAUGUUUACAAAACUUCAUGUUUUCUUUAAUUUAUAUCAAUUCAGAAUAAGAUUUGGUUAUUCUGUCACUCAAAGUUAAACCAUUGAUUCACGGAUAAUCCUCCCUGAAAGUGUUGUUUUGAUAAACAUUGUCGAGUUGAUUGUUCAAUUUUUGGACUAACAUAAUUGUAUAACCUUUCAGUCAUGUUAUUUGUUGAUAUGAAAAUUAAAGAGGAUCAUAAGCUGGUCAAAAUAAUGUUCACAUUACAAUACAACCAGUUUAAUCAUGACUCAAGAUAAA